AUGCUCUUCCGCACUCAUCUCAUCAAGGCUCUCCGCCGAAACAACACCCCGGCUGCUACACGUACCUUUAUCGGAGCUACCACCAUGAGCGACAACGCCAUUCACAAGCCAGGAACAGAUGAUGGCUGGCAUGGAGUCAUCGCGCCAGACAGCCAGUUCCCGCCCGAGAAAGGACGGUACCACCUCUACAUUGGCCUUUUCUGCCCCUUCGCCCACCGCGCGAACCUUGUCCGCCACCUGAAAGGCCUGACAGACGUGAUUGAUAUCUCCAUCGUGAAGCCGUACCCGAAGGGUGACGAGAAGGGCUGGCCGGGCUGGAGGUUCCCCAAAACGGACAACGAGUACCCGAACGCGACUGUCGACAAACUCUUCGGGAGUGAAUACCUGCACGAGGUGUAUUUCCGCACGGACAAGGAAUACAAGGGGAGAUACAGUGUGCCGCUGCUCUGGGAUACCAAGACGCAGACGGCUGUCAACAAUGAGAGCGCAGAGCUUCUUCGAUGGCUUCCUACAGCUUUCAACCAUCUGAUCUCGCCCGACCUUGCCGAGAUUGACCUCUACCCUUCACAUCUUCGCUCCGAGAUUGACACCAUAUCCGAGUGGAUGCAGAGAGAUCUGAACACGGGCGUGUACAAAGCCGGCUUCGCUCUGGAACAGGACGUGUACGAGAAGAAUCUUCCUGCCGUUUUCGCCGCUCUGAAUAAGCUCGAGGGGAUUGUGCACAAGAACGGCGGACCAUACAUCCUUGGCAAAGAGCUGACGGAGCUGGACCUGCGGGCGUAUGCGACCGUCGUCCGAUUCGACACGGUCUACGUGCAGCACUUCAAGUGCAACUUGGGCACCAUCCGCCACGACUAUCCCGUCUUGAACAACUGGCUGAAGAAUCUGUAUUGGAACGUCAAAGGCUUCAAGGAAUCGACAGACUUCAAGCACAUCAAGGAGAACUACACCAAGAGCCACUACAACAUCAAUCCGAAGGCCAUCACUCCUAUGGGACCUUACCCGAAUGUCGAGGAGGACGUGCAGGACUUCAGCAAGCUAAAGCCAGGAAGCGUCCGUCACCCGGCCGCGAUCGAGUAUCAGUCGAAGCUCUAG